AGUAUUCUCUGGCUGCAAACAUCAGAGCUGUAGUACCUCUGUCAUUUGUGAUUGCAUCUGACGUUAAAUUCAUCUGAGGCUUUUCUUCCCUGACAGAAUUUCCAUCAACAAAGUGUUCAAGCAUCACCUCCAUGUGAUCAUCAUCAGGAUUUAUUCGUCUAGCUGAGAUUCAGAGACGAAAAAGAACGCGCCAGUGUUGAUGAGAGGCGUCUCAUCCAGUUUAACAUUCAGACGAAAACAAAACAGACCGUAAAAUCAGUCAUGCUUUUCAAUGCUAUUGUAGAAGAAUUUCCUGUGUGAAUUUUCUGCAUGAAAUAUCGGAGUGAUACGGGCUUUCCUCGAUUUUUUCAACCAGAUCUCUACUAUGUACUCGAGCGUCGAUUGAGUUUAUUCAGAAAGGUGGAAAGAUCGUUGUUGCCUGGUGAUUGGAUUGGGGGAUUAACGAGAUUUUGACAGGUGGAAAAUUAUUAUCAGGAAGAUGGACGCUAAUGUGGAGAGGGAGUGCAGCGCCCUGGGUGGACUUUUCAAUCAGAUUAUUGCUGAUAUGAAGAAUGGUACACCACUGUGGGAGGAUUUGAUAUCGAGAGCCACAAAACUUCACGCUUGUUUGAGAGCAGCUAUUCUGGCGGUGUCAGCCUAUCUUGAGGCCUUCCAAAAAAUUGCUGAUGCUGCAACAAAUUCCAGGGGUGCUACUAAAGAAAUUGGAACUGCCUUGACAAGGAUAUGUCUGCGUCAUAAAGCUGUUGAAACCAGGAUGAAAUCUUUUACAUGUGCAAUUAUGGACCGACUAGUGAUGCCCCUCCAAGAAAAACUAGAAGACUGGAAAAAAACCCUAAUAACUCUCGAUAAAGAGCACACUAAAGAGUACAAAAGAGCCAAAUCCGAGUUGAAAAAGCGUUCAACUGAUACACUAAGACUGCAAAAGAAAAAAGCCCGAAAAGGUAUUGUGCAGAGUCACGGCCACAAUCAAACAUCGACUCUGCAAGUGCAGAGUAAUCGUAUCGAUGAUUCGGAAUUGAAUAGAUUGCUCGAGUCAUCAGCAGCGAGUGUGCAAGAGAAACGUUUGAGUCUAGAAGAGACCGAACGUAAAGCAGUGCGUGCAGCACUUUUGGAAGAGCGUGGACGUUUUUGUCAGUUUGCUAAAUUUCUCAGACCAGUUCUUGAUGAGGAGAUAUCAAUGCUGAUGGAGCUGACUCAUCUUCAGGAGGUUUCUGAUCAGUUGGAGAGGCAUGCAGCAUCGCCACACGAUUUGCCAGCAGCCUCGGAACAAGUUAUCACUGAUUUAAAGGGACGAGAGAUGACACAGUGGGCAUUAUCAACCCCACCCUCCAGUCCAUCACUCUCACUUGGCUCAAGAAAAAGUUCAAUGUGUUCAAUAAGUUCACUAAACAGCAGCUCAAGUGGUUCAUGCAAGAAUCAUCCAAGCUCGUGCAACCAUCAGUGGCACAGAUCAAUGUCUCAGCCAAUUGGUACGAGACCCUUCAGCAUCGCAGGUACGGGUACAACGACACUUAGACACUUGUCAAGUGGAUGUUCACGUGAUUCUGGAUUUACUUCACAGGAUACACUUUAUAGGCAACCUAUUUCUGAGCAUCAGGUAUCGAAUGUAUCUUCCCACAGUAAUCAGAGCAACUGUCCAACGAAGCCCAUGACAAAUGCAACUUGGCCUGAUCUGCAGGAAACGGCGGUUCUAGAGAGAGAUGCUCAAGCAUCAUCUGUCAACGAAAGACCUCACACGAUCUCAUCAGCAUAUGAGAAAGGACAUCAGAGACCUGCACUGAGUGUUUACACAUUCCAAGCUCCAGACGCUGGAUGCUGUCACAGCCAGCCAGCAUCCCCAGUCUCAUCGCCAUCCUCAAAUCCUCAAUUGGCGCGAGUCCAGAUGCGUAAGAAUAGCGCUGGAAAUAUGAGACCACCGAUACCAAGCAGAUGCUCCAGCUUGGAGAGACCUGCGGUAUCUGGUGGCAAGAAUGAUGGAGCUGCUGUUAAUCGGGGAAAACCAAAGCUACCACUGCCUGCACAUUUGAUGAAAGACUUAGGAAACCAUCAGCAGCCCAUGUACGUUAAUAUGCAUGAAUUGGCUAGCUUGGCAGCUAAUCGCGCUCAAGAAAUGCAAAUACCUGCACCUGCUGCCACGACUUCGACAUCUAGAAAACAAACGUCGAGCAAUAAUACGAGUGUAAAGACUGAGGCAGUGGCACCUGAAAAAGAUGUGGGUAGUGCGACCUCGGAAUCAAGUUUGGAGUCAAGCAGUGGCUACGGAAGUCAGUCAACACUGCCAACAUUUCCAGGUGUUCCAAGUGAAUCCGAACAAACAGCUGCCCCACCAACAGCUGUUCCUGGUGGCUCAUGUACAAUACCACGACGUGGAUCAAUGCAGCAGACGAGACCACCACCACCAGCACGUAGAACGUCAACAAUUAUCGCCAGUAAUUACGCAAGUACAACAAUGAUUGGAGCAAGUGGGGGAUUAAUAGCUGCUACUGUUCUCACUGCUGGCCAGCGUACAGAGACCACUGUAUCUGAUGAGACUGAAAAUCUUCCACCCCCACCUGCAUUCCUUCUGGAAGGGAAUUCACCAGCAGCGAGUCCACCUCCUCAACGAUCGAUAUCAGUUUCGGAGACAGUUCGGACUCUAACCGAAUUACGUCACACCCCAGCGAGUCCUUCAUUCCUUCGAAAAGCCUCGAACCAGCAGCAAACACAGCCCCAAGGAGCUGUCAACCAAAUAACCCACUCGACAUUCACCGAACGUUCGAGUUCAUCCAGAAGAGUAUCAACCACCAGCAUGGAGUCGACAUCAUCAGCAUCAUCUGCUCAGUAUCAGGGACCCGGUGGUGUAGGCCAGGGUUUCAUGGCAGUACUCAGUUCAAAAUUAAUAAAUACAAGUACAAGUGUCAAUUCCAGUAGCAGUCCUAAAUCAACGCGAAAACAUAUCAACGUAGAGGCAAACCAGAGUCCAAGAACACCUGUUGGAUUUCUCGAGACUCUCAAUGCUAAAUUAGCAGCUCAACAGCAGCAACAAGCACAGCAGAGCCAAAUGCUGCCCCAUUCGGGUCAAAUGCAGCAAACACCGCAAGUGAUACAGAUUUCACAGGGGAGAUCGAGUACUACGAGUAGAUCAGCCAGUGUCAGACGAAUAAUGGCUAAUCGAGUGCCUAUUAUUGAUCCUCAUCAAGUACGUAGUUCAUUGAUGGAUCAGAUAAGACGUGGCACUUCAUUGCGCACCAGUGGACCCAUCAAUGAUCGCUCAGCACCGCAAAUCUACUGAAAAUUUAAUUUAUUUAUUGUGUGGAAUCGUUCAUCAACAAUAGCUGCAUUUUUAAUGGAUAGAGAGAACAAUCUCAGUCGGAGCAUCAAGUAUGUUCGAAUAUUUUUCUUCAUUUUAAAAUCUCAUUCCGCUUCAAUGCAAUAAUAUUCCGCUCUAAAACUGCCAGACAUUACCUUCCUUUAUUUUUAUACAGGAUUUAUUAUUUUUUAUCUGUUUAAGUCGUUCAAUUGUUGUUCCAUCAGUGGAUGUAUGAGAGAAUAAUUAAAAAUACGAGAGCAAUCACAUGUAUCAGUGAGAGAAUCUCAAGAGAGGAAGUAAAAAUUAUUUCAACGAGAGUAAAUAGUGAUUUUUCACUAUCACGUGUCACUCUUGCCGAUUAAAUAUAAUUAAUACUAUAAAAAAUUGAUAAUUGACAAUACGAAAGGCGAGAAUGGAACUGCUAUGAAAUUUAAUCAAGGGUUUAUCAUCUCUCAUACAUCUUUCAGUAGAUGUUAUUGACUUGGAGCUUUUCACGUCGUACAUGAAAUAAAUUCAUGAAGGAAGGAGAGCGUAUAGAUAUUUGGUGUUGAUUCAAUUGUAUUCUGAGAGGAUGGAAAUAAAAAUACUGAUAUAUCUUUUCUUUCUAGAAUUUUACGGUAAUAAAAUUUAGCUAGCUGUUGCAUCGGUCAACAGUAGCGAUAAAACGAUAAUAAAACAAAUUAUGA